GUCCCACAGGCUUUACACUUUGUGAGGUUAGUACUACCAGACCAAAUACCUGUCUUUUUGUCAGAGAAUCUAGUUCUACCUGGAUUGCUUCUUUCCAUUUAGGCCAAUCCGCUCUUUGUUGACAUUUUUCAAUAGAGCGUGGUUCAAUAUCAUCGUGCUUAAUUAUUUCUUGAGCAACAUUAAAUGCAAAUAUGUCAUCGAUGUGUACGAAAGAUCUUUCCAUUAACACAUGUGCUUGUUCAUUAUCCAUUGAGAUUUCCCUUGAUAGACUAUAAGUCUAGAGAGAAGGGAGAGCUAGAGAGAGAAGUUCUAUAUUUGCUUUGUAUUAAUGAAUUUGUGAACCCCUACAACUACUCCCAGAGGUAGUAUUUUUAGGAAAAAUUAGGGUUGGGCUCCCAAGUCUUGGGCUUGGGAGGCCCAUUUACAAUACGGCCACUAUUAGACCGGGUACAAGAGAUGUAGAAAUGAUUAAGUAUAAAAUCCUAUUCUGGGGGCCACUUGUGGCCGAUGAGGGCACGGCCGACGAGGGCAUGGCCGACGAAGAUCCGGCCGACGAGGUCACCCGGUUCUCCUUGCUCAUGGACCGUAUUCUGAGUAGACUUCUUUCUGGCCGAUGGAGGUCAUCUGGCCGACGAGGGUCCCACCAAGUGAUAGUGGUACCUUAUGUUCUUCCGAGUAUGUGGGCCAUGGGGUCCAGGCCCAUAUACUCCAUCAGGAGUCCUCCACUCUCUGAGCUGAGACGUAGACGAGGUGAGGGAGAGUAGAUUUCUUGCUUCUGACGUUUUCUGGCCGUUGUGGGACCCUUCUUUGUCCUUAGCCGUUACGGGCACCUUUUGACCCGGUUCCUUGUUUUAUGGCCGUCGUGGGUACUCAGCGGCUUGGCCGCUGUGUGGCUUUCGCCGUAGACGAAGAGGGACCCAGUCAUGAUGUGUAUUUCCUAUUUAAGGACAUCGAGUGUCUUUGCUUGGUGGGGAUGAUGAGCGUCCUUUGUCAUGAAUGGCCGAUGAAGGUCAUGCCCACUCCUGACAGUUGAUGGCUGAAUUUCGCGCUUUUGGGCCGAGGAGGCCCUUGUGGUUAUUUCAUGUUCGAGGAUGAUGAGUGUCCUUUUGUUUCCGGGUGGCCGGUGAGGGUGCUGUUUGCUUUCUUUAGCCAUUUGACUGCGUUCUGUGUUUUUUUGGCCGGAGCGGUGAUGUCCGUAGUCUGACGUUCACGCUUUUGAGGACGAUAACGGCACUGAUCCGGGAGGAGUGGUGCAUGUCCUGGUCUUAUGGACGAUGGUGAUUUAGGUAUGUUGACUUCCUGUUCUUUGAUUCCUGGACGAGAGUGGAGUAUGUGGUCUCAAAGCCGAUAAGUGCCCUGUGAUCUCAAGUGUUUCACUUUUGGAGGGAAUUCUUUGUUCGCUAGCUUUGCUGCGGCCGACGGUGCACCACGAGGUUAUGGACGUUGUGGUGCAUGUCUGAUGUUGUAGUCGUGGACUUAGUAUUUUUUGGAUUUCUUUGAUUUUGUCCUGAUUUUCAAAGGCCGGUGUAGUCCCCCAGUCCCCCACUGCUUCAGGCCGAAGAGUAGGUGAGGGGUGAAUGAGUAAAGGAUUUGCCUAGGCCGAAACAGACUCUUGUGUACACCUGAAUCCAAUUCCUUGGCGAUUUCUUGACCAAGGUAACCCUGUGGGAGAACCCUUGGACGCAGGUCGCUUUCAAGAAAUUAUCAUCAGGGUUUUACACAGGGCCGAUGGCGUGGGGUUUCUUUUUUAUUUUACCGUUGUGGCCGUUGAACAGGCCAUGCAAUUGGCAUUCUGUUCAAGCCGAUAUGGACACGCCUUGAGAUGUGACCUACCCUUUUGAAGUGUCUUUGUGUUGAGGCCGAUGCAGGCACGAUUUCUUAGCGUGGCCGUUGAGUGUUUGGCCUGUUGGCGAUGAGCUGGUAUUGUGGAAGUGGGCCUGACCCGUCUUCUAAACCGGUGCCAGCCCAAUGGGUCUUGGGAUGGUGGCCGUUCAUGUGGCCAAUGGGAGGUUGCCACGUGUAGUGACCGUUGGGGGGAGGUCUAUAAAUACCCCCCCCCCCCCCCCUCCGAAGAGGUUCCUCAUUGCAUUCCUGAGAUAACGAAGUGCUGCCGAAUUUUCUAGAGAGAGAGCCUUUCCAUGUGUUCUUCCGUUCUUCAAAACUUCAAAGGUCAGUUCGUCGAACUUUUCCCAAAUUACUUGUGUACUUUGCUUAUUUUAGCUCUUGAUCCUAUGUUAGUGGAGAAACACCCUUAGAUCCAAAGUAGAAACCCUUAGGCUUUAGUUAGUUGUUAUGAUGAAGCCUUUGAACGACGAGUACUACCCAUAUGACGAUGAGCCCUCUGCUCUGUUCAUGAACCUGUACCAGAUCGGCCGAGGGAGCCACAAAAAUUGUGCCGGUUAUGCUAAUCUCCAACAGCUGCCGAAGAAGAGGAGUUUCACUGACCUCCCUUCGUUCAUUCAUGGUUGGAAGAGCAAGUUCGUCUUCAUAUCCUUGGGUGAGGACGGCAUGGAGUUUCCCUCAGUUGGUCAUGACGGUAGGUUCACCCUUCACGACGUGCCGAAGAGCAGUAUUUUGGAUGCCCAGGUAGCGGCGUUUCUGAAGGGAGGGCCGAGGAGCGUGAAACAUUACAUCACGGAGUAUAAGAUGACCGCCCUCGGCUUCAUGAGGUAUUAUGUAUACGGCGACAAGGAAAGUUAUAUCGAGCUGUGGCCGAAGAUGACCACCACCUUUGAUGAGGCCGAUGGCCCGGAUAUGGGCGUGCCUACUGAUGCCGAUGGUAAUACCCUCUCUGGCGUCUUCACCUAUGUUUUCUUUUGUUUUUGCUAACUGUUUGUUUUUCUUGUUGUGCAGACUUCACUAUGGAUCGUAGAUCCGUCAUGGCCCUAGCCAAAGCUAAGGCGAAGCAGGAGAUGGCCGCAAAGGAGGCCGCAAAGAUGGCCGCUGCGAGCGGCACCCAACCAAGCUCUGAUGCGGCGAAGAAGCCGCCUACGCAGCCGAAGAAGAAACGGCCUGCGAAUGACGGCCAGAAGAAGCUCACUGAGGUCGGUAUGUAGUCUAAGAAGCCGAAGAGGGCUUCCCCUCUUGCCGAUACUGGUGCUGGUGGUCUGACCGUACCGGAUGAUGAUGUCGGGGGCUCGAAUGUUGUUGCCGUCGUAGAUGCGGUUUCGGUCCCCUCUUCAACGGCUCUAUCCCAGCCGCCGCCUGUCGGCCAGGAGCCCUGUAAACAGAGGGCCGGCAAGGAGCUGGCCGUUGGGACCUACAAACUCGAGGUCGAGUAUCCCGUGAAGGGUGGCGUCUUCAAUGACGCUGUUGACGGCCAUGAUGUUCUGGCCCAAGCUGUCACGGUUGAGGACCGGGCUUAUUUGAAGAAACUGGGUCCCGUCAGGAUCUAUGAUGGCGGAAUGGACCUCAUCGUCCAAGGCGCUCUGAUGCUAAUGGAGAGCCACAAGCGGCAAGAGCAGGAGAUUGCCCGCCUGAAGGAGGCCGAGAAAAAGGCUAUUUCGGCCGAGGAGGCCAUGGCCUGCCUGGAUCGGCUCCGGGAGGAGGUAAAGGCCCUGCAGAAGGGGGUUGAUGAGGCCGACGUGGCCUAUCGGCAGGUGGCGGCCGAUAGGGACGACGCUUUGAGGGCCAGGGAUGAAGCCCUGAGAAGCCGUGAUGAGGCCCUUCUUCGGGCCGAGGACGCCGCGAGGGCUCGGGCUGAUUCUGAAAGGGCCGCUGAGAAGGCCGUUGAUGGCACCAUCGAGAGGUUCCUUGCCGAAGGCUAGAAGGCCGAUGACCGCUGGCCCUGGUGCUAUGAAGUCGUGGUGGACCGGCUUGAAGACUGGGGCUAGAACUGCCCUGCUGGCCAGGAGUACUUCGCUCGUGAAAUGGCUGUCUACUACGACAUGGGUCAGCAGAGGAUGCAACGGGUGAUAUACCGGAGGCUGCACCGGGCAUUCAAAAAGCUGAAGCUCACCCAGAAAUGGGCUCAGAAGAACCUGAAGCUUCCACGGCUGAUGAGAGAUCCAGAGGCCGAAGCGAAGCUCCCCCCGUCUGAGAGGCAAGAUUCGGUGCUCAGUUCUUCCAUCGGUGAGCCUGACUGGUCCAAUGAUGACACCCUAGCUGAUACCGUCGUCUCCUCAGCAGCCGAGGCGAGCGGAGGUGCGAGGACGGAGGAGGGUAACGGAGUUGCAUCGGGACAGGCCGAUGCGGGACUAGCUGCUGAUGAGGCCACCCCCGAGAGCUAAUCGGCUGGCUUAUGUAGUUUAGUUAACAGGUGUCUGUAACACCUUUUUUGUAAUGGCCGUUGAGCCCCCCUAAUGUAAUGAAUUUUUAUGAAUGAUAUGUCCAUUGUUUCCGG